GUGUCAGGGCUUCUCUUCCCCCGGUCUCCUUCUAUACAAGAAGCGCUUCGGAGGACCGGAACUCGAUCGGGAGGUGGGAAGGAGUAGGACCCUGAUCGGACGAAUUAAUCCGGCGCCGGAAUAGGUAGCAGGAAGGAGGAGGAGAAUUCGCCACAAGAGCCAUGGACCCGUGCAGGUUUGUGCGCAUCACCGUAUCUGGCCUCGCCCUUAAAAUGCCGGCCACCCUGAGGCCGUCGCGCUCCGGAAUCCAUCCGUCGGCCACGCCGCCGUGCUACUGCGAGAUCCGUCUUCGUGGUCUCCCAACGCAGAUGGCGACGGUCCCGCUCGUCUCUCCGGACACUCCCCCGCCGGACCCGGGGGCGUUGGCCGCCGGCUUCCACUUCGAAGAGGCCGACCUCCGGCGACUCGCCAGCCGGGGGUGGCUGCGAUCAUCGGGAUCCGCCUGGCUCCGCAUCUCCGUCUUCACCGGCAGGAGAAGCGGCACGUGCGGAGGGCCGGGGACGGGGAAGUUGGUGGGACACACGUGGGUGGAAAUGGAGCUGGAGGGAGUGGGGGAGCGGCCUCGCGUGUUCAAGAGCGGUUGGGUGAAGAUCGGAAAAGGCGGGAAGGCGGCGGCGGAGGGAAAGGAGGAGCAGGAGGAGGAGGAGGAGUUAUCUCAACUGCACCUGGUGGUCCGAGCCGAACCGGACCCCCAGUUCGUCUUUCAGUUCGGCGGCGAACCGGAAUGCAGCCCCGUCGUGUUCCAAAUCCAGGGCAACAUCCGGCAGCCGGUCUUCAGCUGCAAGUUCAGCGCCGACAGGAAUUCGAGAUCUCGCUCUCUGCGGUCAGAUCCGGGAGGCAGCAGAAUUUGGUCUAUCAGAUCAUUCGGAAGUGAAAGGGAAAGGCCUGGCAAAGAAAGAAAAGGUUGGAUGAUUGUCAUACAUGACCUCUCUGGUUCACCUGUAGCAGCUGCCUCCAUGGUCACACCUUUUGUUGCAUCUCCUGGUUCAGACCGGGUUAGCCGGCUCAACCCAGGGGCAUGGCUAAUCCUUAGGCCCAAUGGGUAUGCAGGGGAAGGUUGGAAACCAUGGGGCCGGCUCGAAGCUUGGCGGGAGAGAGGGAGCAGUGAGGCACUUGGUUAUAGGUUUGAGCUCAACAGUGGCACAGUAGUUGCAGAGUCCAGCAUUAGCACCAAGAAGGGUGGCAGGUUUCUGAUUGAUACUACCACAGGUAGAGGCGACCGGUCCGUGCAUUCACCAGUUUCGAGUCCAAGAUACAAUGGCGAGACUGCUUCCAGUUACAAAGGCUUCGUUAUGGUUUCAACCGUAGAAGGGGAAGGCAAAUGCAGCAAGCCUCAUGUACAGAUUGGAUUAAAGCAUGUGAAAUGCAUUGCUGAUGCAGCCGUGUUUGUUGCUUUAUCUGCUGCUGUCGACCUGAGCAUGGAUGCCUGCCGACUGUUCUCACACAAGUUGAGGAAGGAGCUUCGAAUUGGGCAGCAUGAGAGCAGUUUUUAGGCCACACGUCAUUGAGGACAGAGCUCUCUUCUGGAUACAAAUCUCAACUCGAGAUUUGGUCAGCUGCUAUGUCUGUACAAUCAGGGAAAGCAGUUUAAUUUUCUUUCACAAUUGGAUCAAAUUUUCUGGUUUUGGUUUUGUUUCAUUGAUUUCAAUAUCUCCUCUCAAAGGCGGAAGCGUGCUUGAGGUAUCGAUGUAACGAAAUGUUGAAACGUCUGUAGAAAUGUAAAUUCACUUUGUACUUCUUUGCAAACUCAUUGCAAUGAACAGCAAUGGAGGAAGAACGUCUAGAGAAAUAAUUCACAGAAUUU